AUGGAGGAGGCGGCGUCUGCGACAGCGGUGGCGGCGGAGAAGACGACGUCGUCUGAGUCUUUGGGUGCGGGAGGCGACGGCGGCACGCGCCGCCGCCGCUGCCCAGCGCCACGCAAGCUCGCGAGCGACGCGCCGACCCUCGCGGCCAGCCCCACGCCCGCCGCUCUCGGCUCCGUCUGGAACCAGGCUGGCACUUGGGAGGAAAAGAAUUUGAAUUCAUGGGCCAAUAGUAGGAUAAAGGAUUUGCUGGGGUCUUUAGAUCCUUUGGAGUUAUCUACUGGCAAGGCAUCUGUUUAUGAAGUAUCCAGAUGCUCAGGCGACGCGUUCUUGGUCAUUGUCCGCAAUAAGAAGAGAGUAGGCUAUACUUAUGAAUUGAGCUUGAAAUUUAAAGGUGAAUGGUCAAUUAAGGAAGAAAACAAGAAGGUCAAAGGUCAUCUAGAGAUUCCUGAAUUUUCAUUUGGCGAGCUUGAAGACUUGGAGGUAAACGUAACAUUAAGCGAUGCCAAGGAUCUGUCCUCGGAUGACAAAGCUCAAAUCUGCAAGGAUAUGAAGUCCUUCCUUUCACCUAUCCAGGAGAAGCUGCGCGAGUUUGAAAAGGAGCUGAAAGAUAGGUAG